AUGAAACGAAUCUCCUUCUUGACGAUACUCGCUCUCCUGCUGAUUCCCAUCCUCACCCUUGUUUCCUUCAUCUUCGCAAUUGUCGCCACUACCUCCUCCUACUGGGCCACCUCGCUUUACACGUAUAUCGAUAAUACCGGCACAUCAUACUACAUCAACGACAGGCACCGCGGGCCCUUCAAGAAGUGUCUCCCUACUCUGAAAGCGCCGGAUCUCGACGCCACGGUCCGGGCGAAUUACAAGGACGACUGUAGUGUAACCACGUGCAGCCUCGACACUGUCUGGGCUGAUCUGCCGUACUUAUGUCAGCAAAUCAGCUAUACACAGAAUCUUUUGAUUGCUGGGAUAGUGUUUAUGGGUUUGGCAUUUGUGUGGAGUUCUGUGCUAGGGUUGAUAGCUUGCUUUGCUGGAAGAAGAGCAGCAAGCGAGGAUGGUUCGCGACAGGGACGAGGAGGUGGUAGACGGCAAUGGAGGUCGGGCGGGCAGAGCAGCAGAAGCAAAGCAAUUAAGGAGAAGGAGAAGGCGGACGGCACUUCGUCCAGGCCAGCAGCGAUGACGAACAUGGAAGGAGAAAUUAUGGAAGGACCUGCUGCUCACCACCAACAUCACGGCCAUGUCCGUCACCCCGAUUACCCAAAGCGGCAGCACACACCCGACGACCAAGCGCUCCAUCGUCGGCACCGCCGCCACCAUGGCUGGCCCUCUACGCUGACCUUUAUUGGCACCCUUACGCACCUCUCGAUCGCUCUAGGUGUUCUGCUGCUCGGCCUGGCGAAUCUGCUCGGGUCGAACCUUCUAGUGAACAACGUGCCCAAGGAUGGAGACACUCUGGAUGGCAACUCCGAUCCACAGAGCAGCAACCCGCAUUGGAUGGUGGGCCGUGCUUCAUGGUUUGCAUUCGCGGGUUGGAUGCCGGCUCUCGUGGGUUUGGUGUUAUUUGGAACUGUGAGGGAAAAGUUAGUAAGACCGGGAAGAUGA